UAUGAUAUUUUGGUGGAAAAACAAAAAAAUCUAAGCCAAUUUGGAGAAACCGCCACCACUUACACCGGCCACGGCGCCCCAGCCACAACCACAACCCUCUUUCUCUCUCUACACUUCACCGUUAAAACUGCUUAUUUUACACACAACCACCCCAAGAUUUUCACUCUUCUGCGUUUUUCUUCUUUUCCCAUCCCAAUAUCUUCCAAGAUUACUCUUCUCCCUUCGCUCGAGAUUCUUGACCACCUCUAUCAAUCUGGGACUCAUUGACUAAACGCUAAUCGUCACAAAUAUGCACACCUCGUCGGUUGUAUUCAACACAAAACCGGUUUUAGCCCAGAUUCAUGCCAAUAAUUGCUAUUUUGAAAGUAGAGAUAGUUAUAAGUGUAGUUAUUUUGCUGCUAAUUUCCGGGUACAAUCAAAGAAGCCCAUUUCGUGGCGCCCGCAAAGGGGUCGGCUGACUCGGCCCAGCUACCCGGUUCCUGUUAGCACUAAGACUACAGGGAGAAGAUAUUCUUCUCAGCUCAAUGAAUUGAUACCUCAGUCACGGUUAGCAGAUAAGUGUCAACAAGUGACUUGCUUCCAUGCUUCCAAAAGAAAGCAAAUUGAUGUGAACAGAUUCACCUCCGGAUUCUUUGUUGACAAGUCAACCUUUCAUCUGCCAAGGCACAAACUUGAUUAUGCUAAUGUUAGACAAUUUGAUGUUCCACAUGCCACUGUGGGCCCUGAAGAGCCACAUGCAGCAAGUACAGCAUGGCCUGAUGGUAUUAUGGAGAAAGAGGGUUUGGACUUAUUAGAAUCAGAAGUAGAGAGAAAAGAAUUUGAGAACUUUUUGAGAUUUGAGCUUCCUUCUCACCCGAAAUUGCACAGAGGACAACUGAAGAAUGGGCUCCGCUACCUCAUUCUGCCGAACAAAGUCCCUCCUAACAGGUUUGAAGCUCACAUGGAAGUUCACGUGGGUUCCAUUGAUGAGGAAGAUGAUGAGCAAGGAAUUGCUCAUAUGAUCGAACAUGUUGCAUUCCUCGGAAGUAAGAAACGUGAGAAACUUCUUGGAACUGGGGCAAGAUCUAAUGCUUACACAGAUUUUCAUCACACAGUGUUUCAUAUUCACUCACCAACCAGUACAAAGGAUUCUGAAGGUGAUUUGGUGCCAGUUGUUCUGGAUGCUCUGAAUGAGAUUGCUUUUCACCCCAAAUUUCUGGCUUCUCGAGUUGAAAAGGAGAGAAGGGCAAUUUUGUCAGAACUACAAAUGAUGAAUACCAUAGAAUACCGUGUCGAUUGUCAGUUGUUGCAACACUUGCACUCUGAGAACAAGUUGAGCAAAAGAUUUCCUAUUGGAUUGGAGGAGCAGAUUAAGAAAUGGGAUGCCGAUAAAAUCAGGAAAUUCCAUGAGCGCUGGUAUUUCCCCGCAAAUGCCACAUUAUACAUCGUUGGGGACAUUGAUGACAUUUCAAAGACGGUUAACCACAUUGAAGCAGUUUUUGGACAGACGGGCAUGGAAAGUGAGGUAGCUGCUUCACCUACACCAAGCGCUUUUGGUGCGAUGGCCAGUUUCCUUGUUCCUAAGUUGUCAGUUGGACUGGCUAGUGGCUUAUCUCAGGAAAGGUUAUCCAAUUCUGUGGAAUCAUCAAAAAACUUUAGAAAGGAAAGGCAUGCUAUUCGCCCUCCUGUUCAACACAAUUGGUCCCUUCCUGGAAGCUACACCGAUGCAAAGCUGCCCCAAAUAUUUCAGCAUGAAUUGCUUCAGAAUUUCUCAAUUAAUAUGUUUUGCAAGAUCCCUGUUAACAAGGUUCGUACAUAUGGUGACUUGCGGAAUGUGCUGAUGAAGAGGAUCUUUCUUUCUGCUUUGCAUUUCCGAAUUAACACAAGAUACCAGAGUUCGAAUCCCCCAUUUACGUCGGUGGAAUUGGAUCACAGUGAUUCAGGAAGAGAAGGUUGUACAGUAACCACUCUUACUGUCAAUGCAGAACCUCAAAAUUGGGAAAAUGCAAUCAAAGUUGCUGUGCUGGAGGUUAGAAGGCUUAAAGAAUUUGGUGUUACUAAUGGUGAAUUAGCCCGUUAUCUAGAUGCCCUGUUGAAAGAUAGUGAACAAUUGGCAGCUAUGAUUGACAAUGUGUCCUCAGUGGAUAACUUAGAUUUCAUUAUGGAAAGUGAUGCACUCGGUCACACUGUGAUGGAUCAGAGGCAAGGACAUGAUAGUUUGGUUGCUGUUGCUGGUACAGUUACUCUUGAGGAGGUCAACUCUAUUGGCGCAGAGGUAUUGGAGUUCAUAUCUGAUUAUGGGAAACCAUCUGCGCCGCACCCAGCUGCAAUUGUUGCAUGUGUGCCAAAGAAAGUGCACAUCGAUGGAAUUGGUGAAACUGACUUCAAGAUAGAACCAGAAGAGAUUGUGGAUGCUAUUGAAGCUGGUUUGAAGGAACCCAUUGAGGCUGAGCCCGAGCUUGAUAUACCAAAAGAGUUGAUCUCUUCAGAACAGCUGCAAGAAUUAAGGUUGAAGCAAAAUCCAUCCUUCAUUCCUGUUGACCAAGAAAAGAAAACGACAAAGGUUUAUGACGAGGAUACGGGAAUUGUGCAGCGGCGUCUUUCAAAUGGCAUUCCUGUAAAUUACAAGGUAAAUAAUUUUUAUAUUCUCAAUAAGUUAAAAAUAUUCAUUGUGUUUGGGAAGUUUUUCUGAUUCUUCUAUUCAGAG